CCAUUCUGAAUCUCUUGUUCUUCAUUGAUCCUUCUGAGCGCGUGGCCGAGAGAGAGAGAGAGAGAGCCUUGCCUUAUCUCUGCAUAAAAUUGCGACAAAUUAUUAGACAGGCGAAUUCUGGACCAACUCGGCCAAAAUUCCAACCCUCUCCGUGGUGCUUGGGUGCGCGGCUCUUGGAAAUUAAACACGAAUCCAUCAACGAAACGCGACUACUUGCUUCCUGCAUGUGAUGACACUUUCGAGCCGUGCGCGAAACUCGUCCACUGUCUUUCUGCGACGACCAUGACAGACGCCAUUCCCGAAACUUGAAGAUGUCGUCCAUGUUCUCCUCUGCCCUGAAGUCCAUUCAGGGCACGAAUAUCAGCCAGAAUUAUACCGUCUCCCAACAUGCGACUUCACAAGCCGGUCCCUGGAGGAUACACGACGCGAAGAGAAAAAAUACGGGCAAGGUCUAUUCGGUCUUCAUCUUCGACAAGAAGCUGCUGGACUCGCAUGGCUCCUCGUUGGGACGGUCGAGCGCAUCUGCGUUCAAGAAGGUCACUGAAGAGGUGGUCGAGAGGUUGAAGAAGGAAGCCUCGUCGCUUGCCAAGCUGCGCCAUCCGAGCAUCCUCGAACUUGUCGAGCCGGUAGAGGAGACGAGGGGUGGUGGCUUGCAGUUCGUGACCGAGCCUGUCACGGCAUCGCUGGCUAGCUUGCUGCAAGAGAAGGAUGACCAAGAACGAGCAAGUGGUGUUGGAGGGCGUUCGAGUCGCUAUGUGACUGAGGACUCGGACGGAACAAGAAGGAGGCGCGAGAUCGAGAUUGACGAACUGGAGAUACAAAAAGGCCUCCUGCAAAUCAGCAAGGCACUAGAAUUCCUCCACGAGAACGCCGGCCUUUCCGACUGGAAGAUUAGUGGUCUUUCUUUCUGCAGUCCUCCCGAUAACUCCUCGAAGCCGACCUCGUUCCAACCGAUGAGCCUCUACGAGAUCCUGAACCCGGAUCCGAGGUUACCGCGAUCACUCCAGCUCAACCUCGAUUACACGUCCCCAGAUUUUGUGCUGGACAACAACCUCAAUGUGUCAGCCGACAUGUUCUCUCUCGGCAUCCUCUGCGUUGCACUAUAUAAUUCGCCUCACAAAUCUCCUCUGGAAUGCAACUCCAGCCUGUCCUCAUACAAACGAUUCUUCCAAUCCAGUUCCACGAUACCCACAGUGAACAACAACUUCCAAUCUUCCAGACCACUUCCUAAGGAUCUAGUUGCGCAUGUACUCCCACGACUCAUUACCAGGCGGCCGGCACAGCGCCUCACGGCCAAGGAAUUUCAAGAGACGGAAUUCUUCGACAACAUACUGGUGUCUACGAUUCGAUUUAUCGAGGCCUUCCCAGCAAAGACGCCCAAUGAAAAGCAGUCUUUCCUGAGGGGCUUAAGCAAAGUUCUUCCCUCGUUCCCGAAGUCGGUGAUGGAAAAGAAACUACUUCCGGCACUUCUCGAUGAAACCAAGGACAAGGCAUUAUUAUCUCUCAUCCUCGGCAACGUCUUCAAGAUCAUCGAUCUUCUGCCAUCAGGGAGACGAGCAUUCACCGAUAAGGUCCGACCAGUCCUGAAAGACAUAUUCGUCACGAAUGCGAAGCAGACCGAGGACAAGGAUCCUCAGCGAGACGCUGGGUUGAUGGUCGUCCUGGAGAACAUAUCCACUAUUGCCAACAAUACACCUGGCAAGGAGUUCAAAGACGACAUGCUGCCCGUGGUUGGAGCGGCUAUUGCAGCCCCGACGCAUUCUGUGGUAGACGCUGCUCUCCGUAGCUUACCCGUCGUCUUGCCCGUGCUGGACUUUAGCACAAUAAAGAAUGAGCUGUUUCCAGUCAUCGCUCAUGUCUUCAGCAAAACCACCAGUCUUGCUAUUAAAGUGCGCGGCCUGCAAGCCUUUGUGGUUCUCUGCGGAGGGUCCUCGGACUCGGCCGACAGUGGUGGUCUGGAUGGACUGGACGGCGAGCGCAAGAAGGCUUCCUCCUCGACGGCACUUGACAAAUACACCAUGCAAGAGAAGAUCGUACCAUUAAUCAAGGUGAUCAAGACCAAAGAGCCGGCGGUGAUGAUGGAAGCUUUGAACGUGCUGAGGGUCGUAGGCGACUACGCAGACCCAGAGUUCAUCGCAAUGGACAUUCUGCCGAUUCUCUGGCAAAUGAGUCUGGGACCAUUACUCAACCUGAAGCAGUUCCAAAGUUUCAUGGACCUUGUUAAAACCCUGUCGAGAAAGGUCGAAGACGAGCAGACGAAAAAGCUACAGGAGCUUUCUGGCGUGACCAACGGCUCUGCUGCAGGGCCCGCAGACGACUUUAUGUCAUUUGGGGGUAUCAGCGGGACGGAAUUCGACGUCGCGACAGGAGGCACCGAAGACGAUUUUGAAAGACUCGUUAAGGGCAAGUCGGGUGCCAAUAGCAGCGCCAAUCCCAUGGACGCCACUGGCUGGGAUGAAACGGCCCCCCGAUCCUCGGUAGGGUCACCGGGAUUGAGGAACCCAGCGGCAACUGCAUCGCAAACAGCGGCAUUCUCCUGGUCCACGCCCAGCCCCACAACCGCAGCUCUUGCAAACUCAGUAGGGGGACUCAAAGCUCAGCAGGGCUCCUUCCGGACCGUCACUCCCGAUCUGGCCUCCUUUGGAACCCUGACGCCCUCCUCGACACAAUAUUCCCAACCUCUCCAGCCGAGCACCACACAAUCUGCGUUUCCUCCUCCCCCGACCACGCAGCCAUCGACGUCGACCUCCGUCAACUGGUCAGCAGCCGGCGGCGCGACCGCUAACCCGUGGUCUUCCUCAUCGACUACGCCCUCUCUACAACCCAGCAGGAGCACCAUCUCUCCACCACCAAGCACAAACUACGGCGGCGGCGGACUCAACAAUUCGAUGGCCUCGCUCUCGAUGAACCAGCAGCGGCCUGCCAUGAGCACGCUCAAUCGCUCCACGUCGGCAUUCUCCUUACCUCCACCACCGGGCAGCGGCACAGCCAGCCCUGCCUCUGCGUUCAGCCUGGCGCCACCUACCGCGCAGCAGCAACAACAACAACAGACAUCAACGUUCGGUCGACCAGCGGGGUCGAUGGGGUCAAUGAUGGGCAGUGGCAAUUUGAGCAUGAGUAGUAUGAGCAGCAUGGUGAAUAAGCCGAUGGGUAGUGGCUCUGGGAUGAGCAUGAGUAGUAUGAUGGGUGGUGGUGGAAUGGCUGCUCAGCAGCAGCAGCAGCAGCAGCAGGCGCAACAAUCGCAACAGAGUGCGCCGACGGGUGGAUUGGACAAAUACCAGAGCCUACUGUGAUGGCAGUCCAUUGGAUAGACCGAAGCAAGAGGAUAUGAUCAUACCAUUGAGAAUCGUCAUGGACGAUACACAUCGUCAUAAGGAGAGAGAAGAGGAACGAUUACAUCAAGCCC